AUGCCUGGGUAUCAUCAAGGGCAACAUGCUGUAAUUGGAAUAAAUGCCUGGGUAUCAUCAAGGGCAACAUGCUUGACAUGUCCUGAUAUAUCAAAUCCUUCAAGUGGGUCUGUGACUUUAUCAACGAAUGGAACGUUAUCACAAGCUGAGUUCUCAUGUAGUACUGGUUACCAUAUUGCUGGAGAUGAAAUCAUAUCAUGUCAAACAGAUGGUUUAUGGGAUGGAGCAGAACCAUUAUGUGUAUGUGAUGUACCAGCACCCCCUACUGGUGGAAGUUUAUCACUGUCUGGAGACAACAUGACAGUUUAUUACAGUUGUGAUUCUCAGUACACGAUAUCGGGACAAAAUUCUCAAACAUGUUCUACUAAUGGCACAGGGUGGGCAGGAGUAAAACCUACAUGUGUAUCUUGUCCCUCUUUGGUGUCUCCCUCUGGUGGAUCAGUAACUGUGGCAACUGAUGGGCUAACAUCUACAGCAUAUUAUGCCUGUGACCUAGGCUUUACCAUGCAAGGAACCUCAACAGCCAUGUGUACCUCUAGCGGAGUGUGGGACAGUGUUACACCUUCUUGUGUUCAGUGUGCCAGCCUGGAUGAUCCUGACAGUGGAAGUGUUACACUGACAACAGAUGGAGAACAGACUGUAGCCAGUUUCACAUGUGUUACAGGAUAUAAAGUUAGUGGUACCAGUCCAUUAACAUGUCAAACUGAUGGUCAAUGGAGUGACGUGAAUCCAACUUGUGUAUGUUUCCCACCGCUUACACCAACAAAUGGUCAGGUAGAGAUAUCAGCUGAUGGACUGACAGCAAGUUUUACAUGUUCAGCCGGUUAUACCUUGAAAGGUGUCACUACAAGACUGUGCCAGACUAAUGGUGUUGGCUGGAAUGAGGAUCAACCAAGUUGCGAAACUUGUGAUGUUUUGUCCAACCCGUCUGGUGGAUCACUUAGUAUAACAACAAGUGGCAGCAUCACGACUGCUGAAAUCACUUGUGAUAUUGGAUAUACUAUAAAUGGUGGCUCUGCACUUACCUGCAGGACAGAUGGCACUUGGGAUUUAUCUGUACCAUCUUGUGGUGUAUGUACUGCAUUGAGCACUCCAACAAGUGGUACAGUAAAUCUCUAUUCAGACAACAGUAUUACAAAGGCUAACUUCACAUGUGAGACAGGAUAUAGUCUGGCCGGGACAAGUAUUCUCGCAUGCAGGGCAGAUGGAAGUUGGGAUUUCACUGAACCAGUUUGUGUAAAAUGUACAGACCUGGCGGCUAUGAAUGCUGGAAUGAUAGAUGUGUAUACAGAUGGUUACGCAACAUAUGCUUCAAUCUCUUGUGUGGAGGGCUACUAUGUAAAUGGAAUUGACCUUGUAACAUGUAAUGCAGAUGGCUCUUGGGAUAAUGAGCUUCCUACUUGUGUGUGCAGUCCACCAACAAACCCCUUUAAUGGAAGUACCACAUUGGCUGAUGACGGUAUGGCAGCCAUGUUUUCAUGCAAUCUUGGGUUUACCCUUGAUGGCAGUGUAACUUCUUCAUGUUCUACAGAUGGCUCAGGAUGGGAUAGCAGUACACCUUCAUGCGGUAAUUAA